AGAGCAGCUGAUACCUGAUAGAACCCUGUGAUAGAACCCUGUGAUAGAACCCCGCAGACUCCAGACUGCUGCUGCUGUUUGUUGUUGUUGUUGUUGUUGUUGUUGUUGUUGACUCUGACGUCAUCAUGAACGUGACGCUCGCGGUGAAGCAGUACGUCUCCAAGAUGAUCGAGAACAGCGGAACCGGGAUGAAGAUCCUCCUGAUGGACCGAGAGACGACCAGUAUUGUGAGUGUGGUCUACACGCAGUCGGAGAUCCUGCAGAAGGAGGUUUACCUGUUUGAACGCAUCGACUCUCAGAACAGAGACAGCAUGAAACACCUGAAGGCCAUCUGCUUCCUGAGACCCACCAAG